AUGAGCUCACCUGCCAACAAGAGACCGCGGUUUUCGACGUCUCGGAACUCUUUAUCCGGUCGCAAAAGCCUGCAAGGUGGUCAAUCUGCCCUGCCUCGACCUUCUUCUGCUGCAGGCACGCACCGACAGACCACCCAACCACAGUAUGAUUUUAUUACUGGUGGUGCAUCCGAAAGCCAAGCGCAACCACUAAGACAGUCGAAGUUCAGACAAUCCUCAGUAUCUAAGCCAGACCAUACGCAGGAUGAGAACUUAAGAGCCAGAAUCAACUCUCUUGAGUACGAACUCAAGAAUCUGCAGCAAGAAAGGAGCCUCCUGAUACUACAACAUGACAAAGAACUUCAAGAACAACAAGCGAGAGCAGAGGCCGACUUCAAAAAGUGUCAAAAUGCCGAAAGUGCUGCGCAAAAGGCGAUUCAAAGGCAUGAGGCAUUAGCACGAGAACUACGUAAGGCGCAGGACGAGAAAGUCAACGACAAGGCCAUAUUAGAGCGAAAGCUGAGAGAUCUGCAGGAUCAAAAUUCGGCUCUUAAAGAUGACUCGGAGGACUCGCAAGCGCGCUUGUCUGAUCAAGAAAGGCACUACAAAUACCAGUUGAAUGACCUUGAAGCAAAACGCUUUGCUCUCCAAGAAAUUGUGGAUACUGUGAGACAAGAACUCGAAGAGUUGAGCCAGCACUUCGAAUUGACACAAACCCGGCUUUCCGAACGUGACGCCCAGGUCGAAAAACUGGAAGCCGACCUUCUAGCCUCAAGGUCUCAAUCCGCUGAUAGCGGUGCAUUGAAUGUCCUACAGACACAGCUUUCAGAACAAGUUGGACAUAUCCGUCAACUUGAAACAACAAACAGAGAACAGCUUACGGAGCUUAGAAAGCUGCGUGAAGCACACAGAAGCGUUCAAGUUGUCGAAGAGCAAAAGCAUGGCUUGGAAAUCGAACUUCAAGUGCUGAAGGAUGUCCAACGCCAACUUGGCGAAGCUCAAAUACAGCGGGAAAUAUUGGAAGAUGAGAAGCGUACUUGGACAAGUUUAUUAGAGCGUGAUGGGCAGGAGAGUGAAUUUGACUCCCCAGAAGCAGUCGUCAAAGCUCUAAUUCAGCUGCGAAUUGAGUUCGCCUCUGUCACUGAUCGAGUUGGGAACGUGGAAUCCGAAUUGAGUGAGAAAGAUGAAAUUAUCAAGACUCUGGAUGUUGAGAGAACAUCUCUCAAGACAGAACUUGAUCGAAUGAAAGCUAGUCAACCCUCUCGAGAAGAUGCCGGUCAUGAUCACAAGGCAUACAAGAGGCUCGAGCGACAACGGGCGCUGGCCAUUAAAGAAAUCGAAUAUCUACGCGCACAACUCAAGACGUUUGAUACAGAGGAAACAAUUUUGAUGGAUAACCAGAAUUUUGAUGCACAACGAUCCGAACAGGUGAAACAGCUGGAGACAUUGGUGGAUCAAUACAAAUCGGAAAUUCAUACACUGCACACAGAUUUGUCGAAGCUGGAGUCCGCACCUCAGGAGGAACCUCGAGGCACAAAGAGACUUGCGGAAUCUCAGGAUCCUGAACCUGAGAACAACCAGCAAAUUGGACCAUUACUGCGCAAGAACAAAAACCUUCAGGUCGCACUUCAGAAGACUGCUCAGCAAGCACAGCUACUGGCAACUGAAUUGCAGGCCAGUAAAACGCAACUCAAAGCUCUACGCGAGAGCAGCAAGACCAGAGUCCUUGAAUUACGAGACAACCCUACUGCAAAUUCCGAAGUCGUUAAGAUGUCAACAUUGCGGACAUUGAAAGCCGAAAAUACGCAACUCUUGGCGCAACUACGGGGCGAAGACUUACAAGGCGUGAAAGUAGUCCCUGUUAGUACCGCGGACGCCCUCAAGUUGGACCUCAAAGACAUGGAGAUGGUUGUGGCCGAGAAGGAGAAGAGAAUGAGAAGACAACGCGAGAUUUGGGGACAGAAAGCAAGCGAAUUCCGUGAUGUUAUCGCGAGCGUACUCGGAUACAAGGUCAACUUUUUGCCCAAUGGCAAGGCCAAAGUAUCGAGUAUGUACUAUGGCCGGAGCCAUGAGGCAAAUGAGGACAGCGAUGAAGAAGACGAAAAUUACAUUAUUUUCGACGGAGACAACGGAACCAUGAAAAUAAGCGGAGGGCCUGAUGGUGCCUUUGGAGCUGAUAUCAAAGAUCUGGUGAACUUCUGGGUGAAGGAGAAGAAACAAAUUCCCUGCUUUCUGGCGGCCAUGACAUUGGAAUUCUACGAGAAGCUUUCAGCAGGACGGUCUGGUGAUUGA